CGUAACGUUAGACAGUGCAUAAUUAAGAGCACUAGUUAUGAGAAAACUAUGUGGAAGAUAAUAGAAAUAGAACUUGAGGAAAUAAAUGUAGAACAUCUUGAAUUCGAUCAUCCAAUUUGUUCAGGUGUUCUAGAUAUCAAGUCAGAACCCUUUACAAAUAUAUCCAGAUCAGUUUCUGAUAUUUUUAAGGAACCAUUUCGAAGAUAUAACUUAGAACAGAAUCAUGAUAUAAUAGAAGCCUGUAAAGAAUUUAUCCGGAAUGAGGAAUCAAAAAUUAAUAUGGAUGAUGUUUUGG